CAGGCGCUAUCGGAAAAACCCGUUUCUUCGUCAAUAUGUAGCAACUGCGCCGCUUGUUUGUCAUCGAGCCCCACAAAUCGCUACUUGGAUAUUCACCCACAGACUGACUUAUCGACCCAUCGUCUGAGGAUAUUAAGCUACGGGGUUUCUUCUAAUUAACAACGAGGCGGAUUCACACCGAGCGUCGAUGGUCAUCAAUUGUGUUGUGGAUACGUUAAAGUGAAACUGGAUUGGAGCAGAUUCACAGUAUCUGGCAACCCUGCCUUUACCCACAGUAGGAUGUUUGGCUCCUGUUGAAGGCUGUGCAUGUUUGUUCCUCAACUGUAAUUCCUUAUGCUUAAUAGGAGCUGCGCCCGUGUCUUACAGGAUGGAUGAUGUGGACUUAAAAAGACCCGUGUAUCAUCAUCAGCACUCAGUGUUCAGCUGUGGUGUUCAGUCUUUUAGCAUUUACAAGAGAACACCUCCCAUCCUACACCUCCAACUCCUGCACUCUGUAUAUAAAGAUUGUCUUUAGGACAGAAGGAACCAGAGGCUGAGAUAGAAGUUGCAAGACUUUCUAUCUUUUUUCCUUUUGAAAGCACAGACCAGUACUGCUUGCAUAAGCAUAUAUGGCAGACAUGGAACUACUUUUAUUUUAAUUUUUCAGUUAUUGUACCCCCUUUCUCCUUUUUCUGGGUGGUGGGAUGUCGGAAAAGCCAGACGACAAAAUGGUUAAGUUCCUGGCUCCCCCUCAGAAGAGUGGAAAUGGCCCCAGUUCUGGUUCAGAUUCUAUGGUGAGUGAGUGUCGGCCAGCAGAAGUGAGGCGCCGGCAUCACACCAUGGAGCGAGACCGAUGUAACCCUGAACACCGUUUCCUGCGCCGCAGUGUCAUCAGUGAUUCCAAUGCAACAGCAUUAGCCCUACCUUUACCCAGUAAGAUCCCUAUUCCUGCACCUCAAAGGGUUCAGCUACGAGAAGCAAUCCCCCAACGACAACAGGCUGCUGCCUCGUCUCAUUUACCGAGAGCUGAACCAAGCUUAGCUCAUAAUGAGGAGUCUACUGUUAGUGGAAGAGGACAAGAAGGAAAAGAUAUAAAAAUAGCCAAGGUGAAUGUAGUGCCUUCAGAACAGGAGCCUGUCACUGAUAUCUGUGAUGGAGAAGUGGUGCUAUCAGCCCACUCGGCACCAUGCUUGGGAACAGAAGUGCCAACUCAAAUAGAACCUGAAAGCACUGCUGAUGUGAAGGUACAUCAUGAAGAAGAAGGGGAGGAUGAGGAGAAGGAUUCUGCCAAGGCAAGAGCAGAGGCAGAGCAGAGAGAAGCUGAGAAAAGAGUUCAGGAAGAUAUUGAAGAGGCAGAGACCAAAGCAGUGGGAACAUCACCAGAUGGACGUUUCCUCAAGUUUGACAUAGAAAUUGGACGUGGCUCCUUCAAGACUGUCUACAAGGGCUUGGACACUGAGACCACAGUGGAGGUGGCAUGGUGUGAACUGCAGGAUCGUAAGCUAUCAAAGACAGAGAGACAGCGCUUUAAGGAGGAAGCAGGGAUGUUAAAGGGACUACAGCAUCCCAACAUUGUUCGCUUUUACGACUCCUGGGAGGGGCCGUCCAAAGGCAGGAAGUGCAUUGUACUGGUCACUGAACUCAUGACUUCUGGAACUCUAAAAACAUAUCUAAAACGGUUCAAGGUGAUGAAAAUUAAAGUGCUGCGCAGCUGGUGUCGACAAAUCCUCAAAGGGCUUCACUUCCUCCAUACUCGGGCUCCCCCUAUCAUCCACAGGGACCUUAAGUGUGACAACAUUUUCAUCACAGGCCCGACAGGAUCUGUCAAGAUUGGAGACUUGGGACUGGCCACCCUGAAGCGUGCAUCAUUUGCCAAGAGUGUUAUAGGUACCCCUGAGUUCAUGGCGCCUGAGAUGUAUGAGGAGAAGUACGACGAGUCAGUGGAUGUGUAUGCCUUUGGAAUGUGCAUGCUGGAGAUGGCCACCUCAGAGUACCCUUACUCAGAGUGCCAGAAUGCUGCACAGAUCUACCGCAGAGUUACCAGCGGUGUGAAGCCAGGCAGCUUUGACAAGGUGGCCAUUCCUGAAGUGAAGGAGAUCAUCGAGGGAUGCAUUCGCCAGAACAAGGACGAAAGGUACUCAAUUAAGGACCUUUUGAACCAUGCCUUCUUCCAGGAGGACACAGGGGUGCGUGUAGAGUUGGCAGAAGAAGAUGAUGGCGAGAUGGAAAACAUCAAGCUGUGGCUGAGAAUUGAGGAUGGAAAGAAACUUAAGGGGAAAUACAAAGACAACGAAGCUAUUGAGUUUUCUUUUGACCUCAACAAAGAUGUUCCUGAAGAUGUGGCUCAGGAGAUGGUUGAGUCUGGGUAUGUGUGCGAAGGUGACCACAAGACCAUUGCAAAGGCCAUUAAGGACAGGGUGUCUCUCAUCAGUCGCAAGAGAGCACAGCGACAGCAGGUGAGAGAAGACCAGGAGAAGAGAAGGCUGGAGGAAGAACAGAGUCAGUCAACACCUUCACAGCUACCAAGCCAGCUGCCAAACACAGAGGUGCCCCAGCCCCAGUCCAUGUCGCAGGCUGCUUCCUAUGUCCCCCCACAGCCAACCCAACACAGCACACAGAUCUCUGCUCAGCUGGCUUCUCAGCAGAGCCUUCAGACCUCCAACUACAACACUCCUCAAUCAACCCAACAAGCUGGUGUUCCACAGGGGGGCCCUUAUGUCCCCCAGUCAGUUGGGCAAGUCCCAGCUCCAGUCCACAGUCAGAAUGUGGCCCCUAUCCAGCCAGAGCCAGAGGAGCCAGAGACUGACCAACAUCAACAAUUACAGCUCACUGGAGGAGCCGGUCACAUAGGAGACAGACCACCUGCUUCCUCUGUCCUCCAUGAAGCCCUGCCUCCUAAAGCUGGAAUGCCAUUCACCCCCUCAUCCAUUCAACACCUUCAGCCCCAGGUGUCUUGCCCGCCAUCACAGAAUGACCAAAUGCAGCCGCAGCAGCAGUUGUUGGUUCAACCCCAGAUGCAAGGUGUCCCAUCUGAAGUUGGUCCAGUACCCCCAAGCAGCCAACCUGUUCCAGCAGUGCCUCCACAGUACGGAGUUUACUACCAACCAUCGCUUCCCCCUCAGGUUCCCCCUCAGCAAGUAAUGAUGCCUCCUUCCUCUCAGCCAUCUCUACCCCAACAGCAGCAACAUCCAGAGAGCAGUACGUCUGUUCAGAGCGCUGUUCUACCACAGGGACAGACUGCAGCACAGCUACAGGCCCCCGUGAGUGUUCCUCAGUCAUUACCAGCCGAGCAGCCAACUCCUGUGCCACCAUCUGUGGAAAGCUGCCUGUCGGAUGCAGCGUCAGGUCUAAGUGACGGCAAUGAAGGAAGCUCUACUUCUGGAGGGCGCCAUGAGGGCCGCUCUCUGAAGCGUCAUCAGCGGCGAUCCGUACGAAGCCGCUCCCGCCAUGAGAAGACUUCAAGGGCCAAGUUGAACGUUCUUAGCAUCUCUAAUGUGGGAGACAGAGUAGCUGAGUGCCAGCUAGAAACUCAUAACAGGAAGAUGGUGACCUUCAAAUUCGACCUUGAUGGUGAUAAUCCAGAGGAGAUUGCACAGAUCAUGGUUGAGAGUGAAUUCAUCUUGGAGAGUGAGCGUGAGUCUUUUAUCGAGCAGGUUCGUGAAGUCAUAGAAAUGGCUGAUGAGAAAGGAGAGGGCAUGAAGGAAGUCUUUCCACAGAUGAGUAAUCAACAACAGCCUGAGCUUAAUGUCCCCAUGCUAUCAGGCAUUUCCCCCAACACCUCAGCCCAGGUGGUGCAUUCGGCUGGUCGAAGAUUCAUAGUCAGCCCAGUGCCAGAGUCUCGUCUCAAAGAACAGUUCUUUGGCGCUCCUUCUGCUAAUACCUCCUUUGGAGAUGAACCUGCCCCAGCGGCUCCUGUGACAUUGGGCCUUUCCCUGUCUGCUCCCUCAGGGAUUCUGCAGCAGGCGUUCAAUAAAAUGAAGCAGGAACAUCCAGAGAGAGGCAGCACUCUUGACCCUCCUGCUCCUGAGCAACAAUCAGAAAAUAAACCGUCCAAUGAGUCUGCUCUUGGUCCAAGCUCUAAUAAUGUCCUGCCUCCUCCAGAAGCUGCAGCCUCUACAACUAGCUCUGUAUUUCCUGCCACAUCCUCUCCACCUUCCUCAACUGGGAGGAUUUCCCCUCCAGCUGUCUCUACUCACCCCCAAACUCCAGCUCCUGUCAUCACUGAUACGAGCCCCCCUCCUCAGUCUCUCCAUGAAACAGUUCCCUUGCAGCUUCCUGCCAACAUCCCUUCCUCAUCCUCCACAAUUUCUCCUCCAUCCGUGCAAAUCUCCGUCCCUGCAGUACCUGGGCCUCAGUCGAGCAGCAGCUCCGUCUCUGCCUCUUCUGCAAGCAAUGCACCCAGCAGUACUGGCACUGUCCCUGCUCCAGAGCAGCAGUCUUUCAAUGGUGUUGCUGCGUCUUCUCAGCCUGUGAAUUCAUCCAUCCAUGCACCUCAGCACACCACCUCCCAGGGUCAUCCAGUCCCCAUCUCUGCCCAGCUUCCCCCUCCCAGCCAGAACCAGGUCCAGCCACAGCCAGUGGAGUCAGAGGGGGCUGAGCUCCAAACCAAGGCUGGCCGGGAUGAUAUCCAAGCUCUCGAUAAGAAGCUGCGCUCCCUUUUUAAGGACCAGAGCUCUGCCUCCAGCUCUGCAUCCAUAGACCCCAGUCAGAGCACAGGCACCUCCUCUCCACCCACUGGUACUUCCUCACCUCCCCCUGGAUCUGCCCUGAUGCCUCCAUCCAACCUUCCCCUCCCCUCAGGGGGGCAGGGUGCCCUGGGCCCCUCCACCACCCCCGGUCCAGGCAUCACCCCAGCAGGGCACACACAGACACCUCCAACUAAGCCCAGGGCACAGACUUUACCAACUGGUUUUGAUCAAGCUGCUACACCUCCCUCUGACCUUGUACCCCCAUUUCCUGGACCAAACCAGACACAGCAGCCCCUGGGUACUUUGGAUGCUGAACUGAGGAGAGCUUUGAGCCCUGAGACUGUUCAGGGAGGCAGCAAAGUCCAGGCUCCAGCUGCAGGUUUCACUCUUGGUCGUUUCCAAGUGUCUGUUGCUACAGAUGGUACAUCAAGCAGUGUAUUAGGUCCCUUAGGCGUUGUUUCCUCUUCUUCGCUGACACCGUCCUCCACCUCCACCUCCUCCUCUUCAUCAACAUCGUCCUCCUCACCCUCAAGUCCAGAAAAUACCCUCCAUCGGUCCUCCAAGCUGUCCAAAGAGGUCUGUGAGACUGACUCUGUAAAUGGAGCCCCAUCUGCCACUGCUGGUACUUCCAAUCAGUCCACAACUAUUGGACGCUUCCAAGUAUCCACAAGCUGCAACGCCACAUCUGAACCAACAGCUGGUUCUAAAGUGGGACGGUUUUCUGUCACAGUGACGCCAGCUACAGCUGCAGGCUCCAGUAUGCAGAACGGACCCUCAUCUUCAACCUCUGACGCUCAUAACACACACCUCCAUGACAGUAGUGACAAUGAUGACGAGUCUGAGAACGAAGACGAAGCUUUGCGGAAAGAAAUAAGCCGUCUCAGAGAAAAACAUAUGAUGGAGAUCCAGGCCCUGCAGACUCGUCAGAAAGAGGAGAUUGAUGCCCUGUUCACACGGAUGGGAAAACCUCCUCCACCUUCCGUGUUAUCCCCUGCUGUCGCCAUGCCUGGAGGUCGUCGUAGACGCAAAAGUCACAAGUCUGCUCGCAGCAGUGGACAGCCCAGCCCUAAUCAUUCAGGAUCCCCUGCCUCAGCUCAGAGUCUUCAAAGUUCAGAAUCCCCUCCAAAGCAGAGUUCUCCCUCAGCAUCAGAGGCCUCACAGGCUGGAAUCCAGUCAUCCAUUCAGCCACUCAGAUCUUCACCAUCCAUGCCCAGCCUCAGUAAUUGCUCUACAGGAUCAAUUGGGACCAGCUCCACAAAUGGCUCAAGUCACUACCAGAACCACUCAGUCUCCCUGACCCAGGCAGGUGGACCCACUUCCUCUGCCUCUCACACGCAGAAAGGCAAGGGCACCUUCACGGAUGACCUGCACCAACUGGUGGAUAAUUGGGCCAGGGAUGCUAAGAGCCUGUCCCAGGUCAAGAGAUGUCCUCGAACUGGAGCUCAGUCUACAAUGGGACAUGAUAUAAUCCCUCCUGCAAACAUGGGACGUAAAUUCUCAGCUCCGGGUUACCUCUGCCCAACACUUCCCACGCCUUCCAACACGACGUCCACCAACAACAACGCUCAUCUACAGAAUCCAGCCAACCCCUCUGUUGCUGUGGGGCCUCGUAAAGGCUCACUGGGUCCUGUAACCCAGGGCUUUGGAUAUGCCUCCCCCCCUUACAGUGCUCCUCAGUGGGCAGGACCCACAGGCACAUGCCAGGUCAGCAUGCUCAACCCCUCACAGCCACUUACACAGUACCAGCCGCCGACAACAGCCUCAGUGUCCAUACACCAAGGCUACCACAUUGGAACUACACCAGCCCCCCAGAAAUCAGUCACCCCUGGAGGGUCAAACCUAAGGCCCACAUAGCCCAGUCUGAGCCUUGGUCCAGGCUGAGACACAGGGCCACACAGGACAGACAGUCACCAACAAGAACCACUAGCUAUAUUGGCUGGUUAGCUGGCUGGAUAUUGUGCAUUUUAUUUUUAAUUAAACUUUUAUUCAGUGUUUUGUUUUCUGUUGAAAAGCUGACCUGUGUGGUUCAAGUCCUCUCAGACAGUAAAUUCUGUCUGACUAUUUGAGGGAGAGUGCAAUACACUUCCACAGCAUGAGUCUCACACUUAGCCUGCCAUUAACUGUGGAACGGAGCUGUGAUGAGUCGGUUGGUUAUGUCUUAUGGUAUACAACCCAGCGACAGAACCAACAGCAGCCAAAGAUGUCUUUUGAGAGCAGACGUUUGCAUGUCUGCAUUCCUUUGAAGAGGGGAAGGUAGGAAGGAUUCUGGUUCACAUCCUUCAUGGUCCAGAAGGCGGUUGAACCAAGACGCCACAAACACAAUUCAAUAUUAGACCUGGUUGUGUGACUUGGGAUGGAAGGUUACGUUGUCUCAGAGAGCGUAGAGGGGAGAGUGUAGUGGAAGAUAGGAGGGGGACAGUUUGUCUCAGAAGGAAUAAGGUGGAGUGGAGUUAGAGCGACACAGUAAGUCAGGCAGGAGUGUAACAGAAGGAGUUGCAGUAUGAAACCAUCCCAGUGGCUACCUAUGAAGUACAAUGCAAUAACGGCAAAGAGUAGUAAACUUGUCCCUUGUAACUGUGGCCUUAACCCCCAAACACAUUAAAACAUAUUGUACAUAGAUAUUUCUUCACUGGGUUAUGAUUCCAUGUUCAGCAUAUUUAUGUCCCUGUGAGAGUCUGAUGUCAUUGUAUCCAUACAGCUUUAUUAUCAUACUAAUUUUGUGCAUCAGUCACAUAAAAAAGCAUUGUCCUGGUGUUGACCACCAUCAGAGUAAGAUACUUGAGAGAUGAUGCUGCUGUAAAUCACAAUCUGGAAAGAGGUUGUUUGUUUUUCUUAUUUUAAAUGCUAGAAAUCUUAAGAAUCCCAUGUGGACACAUUUAACCCCUCACUUAGUGCAGUUAAAAACCCACCCAUCAUAUCGUACAGUAAAAUAGUUCUGGUUUAUUGCAGUCUUAGCCUCCCACUUCUCCCAGUCUUUGACACAGAUGGUACACAGUACACAGACGAACAGGUUGUUAGUGAAUUCAUGUCUCGUUAAGUCUCUCCGCUCAUGACGUCCAGUUGUCGCGUCUCAAAUCACAAGUGUCUGGGGUUCUCUCUCUCUGUGGUCUGUUUUUGUAUGCGUAUAUUUAAUAAAACAAAUGUUCUUUAUGGACCUGUAUUCAGCCAUCAGAUUUUGAUGUUGUUUCACUGUAAUUAUUAUUAAAGGUUGUUAAACAACAUGUAGUUAAAGGAAUAUAAAAAGUGCAAUUGCAGGGUUUGUUGUUAUUGGUAUCCUUGUCACCAUGCAGGAGUUAAUCCUGCCGUUUAUUAAGCUCUUCUGUCGAUGACUGCCCUGCCCCCUUUUUCUAUUUAAUUCUAUCUAUGUUAAUGUGAGUAUAUGCUUUCAUGUAAUGCUCAGUCACCAGAGUAUGCUUGUGAUGACCAACUCAAAACGCACACGCACUCGAUCCUGUAAACAUGAGGAACACUUUAGUGCCUUGCAUCCUCACUAAUGACAAGUUCCAGAUUCAUUUAGUCCUGUAGCUGUGACUGUACUGCAGAAAACCAGUUAAACAAAAUCUGUACACAACGUAAACACAACUGUCACACAGCCAACUCAGAGGAUGUAACACUCUGCACCAUCUGACACCACACACAGAACAGCAGAACAAAGAGCACACUGAGUAAUGUGGAAACAGCUUUUUUUCUCACCACAGUUAGAUUUGUGCUGCUUGUGUAUUCAUCAGCUGUGUAUUUCUAUUUGGCUCAUGUGUGAUUUGGCUGACAUUUGUUUUGUGGAUUUAUCAUUACACCGUUUAAUAGAAGCACUUGUUCAGGCAGCGAGUGGGUUGUAAAAAGGUUUAAAAUUGUCUCCCAACCUCACACGAGUGCCAUGCUGUCAUUGUGACCUUCGCCUGCUCGUAGAUCGGAUGAGUAGUUAAACUUCUCUAGAGAAAAAUAAGUUACUGCAAUGCAGAAUAUGCAAUGUUUAAAGUUUUAAAGGGACUGAGGGGGAACGGAAACAUUUGCAUGCUGAUGAGGGUUGUUACUGACUUCAAUGUUUUUGAUAUUGGAUUAUUAGAAAUCUUUUUUUUUUUUUUUUAAUAUUUGCCUUUUUUGAAUCAUCACAAAGUGUUGAUCUGUUCUGCUGCCAUUCGACAAUGUCACAGGCACAACUUUAAUAUCAAACUAUCUGCGUAUGAUUUCUGCAUGCCGGCUUCACUGAUGCUUAAUAUUGCAAAUGACAACUCACAACUGGCCACUGUACAGCACAAGCUCAACAAAGCUUCAGGUCCUUGUGUUAUUUUCAGUAAAUCUCACAGAGCUCGACACAAUACUGACACACAGUAGUAGUAUCUGAUGAACUCUUAUUUCUGAUCCUUCCUUACUGAUUUCCUGUGAUUCUGUCUGUUUUGUGUAUGUUUUUCACAUUGUACAAAAUGUAAAAACAAAUAAAAAGUAAUAUCAUU